GUUCGCUUGUUUUGAGGUCGCGGAGAUUUCUUCCUGGAUUCGCCCUGGAGUCCCUUGCUGUCUCUGUGGCGUCUGGUGUCCGAGCUGGUCAUGGGGGAGGCGGAGAAGUUCCACUACAUCUACAGCUGUGACCUGGACAUCAACGUGCAGCUGAAGAUAGGGAGCUUGGAAGGGAAGAGAGAACAAAAAAGUUACAAAGCUGUCCUAGAAGAUCCCAUGUUAAAGUUUUCUGGGCUAUACCAAGAGACAUGCUCUGAUCUCUAUGUGACUUGUCAAGUGUUUGCUGAAGGAAAGCCUCUGGCCUUACCAGUCAGAACAUCCUACAAGGCAUUUAGUACAAGAUGGAAUUGGAAUGAAUGGCUGAAACUCCCCGUGAAGUACCCUGAUCUGCCCAGGAAUGCCCAGGUAGCCCUGACUAUAUGGGAUGUGUAUGGACCGGGAAGAGCUGUGCCUGUGGGAGGAACGACCGUAUCACUCUUUGGAAAAUACGGCAUGUUUCGCCAAGGAAUGCACGACUUGAAGGUCUGGCCUAACGUGGAGGCAGAUGGCUCCGAACCCACACGAACUCCCGGCAGAACAAGCAGCACGCUCUCAGAAGAUCAGAUGAGCCGCCUCGCCAAGCUCACCAAGGCUCAUCGACAAGGACACAUGGUGAAAGUGGAUUGGUUGGACAGAUUAACAUUUAGAGAGAUAGAAAUGAUUAACGAGAGUGAGAAACGAAGCUCUAAUUUCAUGUACUUGAUGGUUGAGUUUCGCUGUGUCAAAUGCGAUGACAAGGAGUAUGGCAUUGUUUACUAUGAAAAGGAUGGUGAUGAAUCAUCUCCGAUUUUAACAAGUUUUGAGUUAGUGAAAGUCCCUGAUCCUCAAAUGUCUAUGGAGAAUUUAGUGGAGAGCAAACACCACAAGCUUGCUCGGAGUUUAAGAAGCGGACCAUCUGACCACGAUCUCAAACCCAACGCUACCACAAGAGAUCAGCUAAAUAUUAUUGUGAGUUACCCACCAACCAAGCAGCUCACAUAUGAAGAACAAGAUCUUGUUUGGAAAUUCAGAUACUAUCUUACUAAUCAAGAAAAGGCUCUGACAAAGUUCUUGAAGUGUGUUAAUUGGGACUUACCCCAGGAGGCCAAGCAGGCACUGGAACUUCUGGGCAAGUGGAAGCCAAUGGAUGUGGAGGAUUCCCUGGAGCUGCUCUCCUCUCACUACACCAACCCAACCGUGAGGCGGUACGCUGUGGCCCGCUUGAGGCAGGCGGAUGACGAGGAUUUGCUGAUGUACUUACUGCAGCUGGUCCAGGCUCUGAAAUACGAAAACUUUGAUGACAUAAAGAACGGUUUGGAACCUGCCAAGAAGGACAGUCAAGCUUCAGCCUCAGGAAGUCUGUCAAGUUCUGGAGUCGGUUCUGCAGAAAUAGAUAGCUCUCAAAUUAUAACCAACCCUCUUCCUCCCGUGGCCUCCCCUCCUCCUGCAUCUAAAUCAAAGGAAGUUUCCGAUGGGGAAAAUCUAGAGCAAGAUCUAUGCACCUUUUUGAUAUCAAGAGCCUGUAAGAAUUCAACACUGGCUAAUUAUUUAUACUGGUAUGUGAUAGUGGAGUGUGAAGAUCAGGACACCCAGCAGAGGGACCCAAAGACACACGAGAUGUACCUGAACGUCAUGCGGCGCUUCAGCCAAGCCUUGCUCAAGGGUGACAAGUCUGUGAGAGUCAUGCGCUCCCUGCUGGCAGCACAGCAGACCUUCGUAGAUCGCCUGGUGCAUCUGAUGAAGGCCGUGCAACGAGAAAGUGGCAACCGAAAGAAGAAGAAUGAGAGACUUCAGGCAUUGCUUGGAGAUAAUGAAAAAAUGAACCUAUCAGAUGUAGAGCUGAUCCCAUUGCCACUAGAGCCACAGGUGAAAAUCAGGGGGAUCAUCCCGGAAACAGCUACUCUGUUCAAGAGUGCUCUUAUGCCUGCCCAGCUGUUCUUUAAGACAGAAGAUGGAGGCAAAUACCCAGUUAUUUUCAAGCAUGGAGACGACUUGCGUCAAGAUCAGCUUAUUCUUCAGAUCAUCUCCCUCAUGGACAAGCUGUUGCGGAAAGAAAAUCUGGAUUUGAAACUGACCCCUUACAAGGUGUUAGCCACUAGUACAAAGCAUGGCUUCAUGCAGUUCAUCCAGUCGGUUCCUGUCGCCGAAGUUCUUGACACAGAGGGAAGCAUUCAGAACUUUUUCAGGAAAUAUGCCCCAAGUGAGACUGGACCCAAUGGCAUCAGCUCAGAGGUCAUGGACACUUAUGUUAAAAGCUGUGCUGGGUACUGUGUGAUUACAUACAUUCUUGGCGUUGGAGACCGGCACCUGGAUAACCUUUUGUUAACAAAGACAGGCAAGCUCUUCCAUAUAGAUUUCGGGUAUAUUUUGGGCCGAGAUCCCAAGCCCCUUCCUCCUCCGAUGAAGCUGAACAAGGAGAUGGUGGAAGGGAUGGGUGGUACACAGAGUGAGCAGUACCAGGAGUUCAGGAAGCAGUGCUACACAGCCUUCCUCCACCUGCGCAGGUAUUCAAAUCUGAUUCUGAACUUGUUCUCCUUGAUGGUUGAUGCAAACAUUCCAGACAUUGCUCUUGAACCAGAUAAAACUGUCAAAAAGGUUCAGGACAAGUUCCGCUUGGACCUGUCAGAUGAGGAGGCUGUGCACUACAUGCAGAGUCUGAUCGACGAGAGCGUCCACGCGCUGUUCGCUGCAGUGGUGGAGCAGAUCCACAAGUUCGCCCAGUACUGGAGAAAAUGAAAGUGAAUUUGCCCAUCGUGAUGCCUGGCUCAGCAAGAAAACACAUGCGAAGCCACUGCUGUGCGCUGAGGACAUUGGAGAAGGAACAAGGAAGAGAAGGCAGCCAGGAGUCUCCUCGUGCCCAGGCUUUGUGUCCUUGGUGCCACUGCUUACUCCCGGCCAGAGGGUCUGCUCAAAGCUGCUGCGUAGUCGGGUGUGCUUGCUCAGGUCUGUGCUUCUAGACCAGACCGCGAGAGGCUGAAGCGUGAAGAGUGACACAUAAUGACUUCUGGGUCAGCCAAAAAUCACUGUAUAUAUUUGUUUUAUAAUGUAUAAAGAUAAAAGAGGAUUAUGUAUAUGUUUUAAGAAUUCUGGAGAAGUUCUGUUAUGAAACAGUAAAGCAUUUUAGCCUCUGA